AGAGAUCAAUAUGGGUUCAAAAGACCUAUACAAUGGGUAAGCCCAAAGCAGCUAUACGAGUUUGAUAUCAAAUAUAAACCAAUGCUUCUAAAACAAGCAAAGCACUGGAAUAAGCUGUUUGCAAACAAUGAUCAACAGUGGCCAACACUGUGCCCAGAAUUGACACGAUAUGUAAGGAAGGGCAUUCCCCAAUCCUUUAGAACAAAGGCAUGGAUGCAUUACAGUGGUGCGGAUAAUCGAAUGAAGGCAAACACAGGAGUGUAUACAUCAUUGAUCGCCCAAGACUGUGAAAACGCUCAAACUAUUGAACGUGAUCUGCAUGGCUCAUUUCCCGGUAAUUCUUUCUUUCCUCAAGAUUCCGAAACCAACAAAUUAAAAAUGCUGCAACGUAUUUUGUGUGCCUUUAGCUUAUAUGUGCCAGAGAUUGGUUAUCGUCAAUCACUUAUAUUUAUUGCUGGUUUCUUACUAGUAUUCCAAGACGAAGAAGAAGCUUUCUGGCUACUUGUAACAGCGAUUAAAGAUUUUUUCCCAAAAGAUAUGUUUUCUUCAUCUUCAAGUGAACAAACCAUCUUGAUGAUGAUGGUAUAUGAAAAAAUGCCUGGCGUUUGGUCGAAAAUUGCCAAUAAGAAAUGUUUCUGGGAAUGUCAACAGACAGAUAGUCUGCCUUCCGUUACAUUGGUUACAGAUCACUGGUUUUCUACCAUGUUUGUAAAUGUUUUACCAGUGGAGACAGUCAUGCGAAUCUGGGAUUGUUUCUUUGUGUAA